UGGGUUUCCAAACAAAAAAAUGAAUGACUUCUGUUUGACAUGUUUUCUGUCAUAUGUCACGUGUUGGCGGGGUAGUCCAGGCUGCUAUAUUCAUGGACGAGGUGGCGAGUGUCAUCCCGUUCAAACAUUCUUGUCGAUGGCUAUUAUGGAUCCUCUCACGAUCGGGGCAGCCAUUCCUGGCUUGCUUACUUCGGCCAUAAAAUUGAUUCGACUCCUCAAAUCAUUCACCUUGUCUCCGGAUUCACCAAAGUCUAUGAAAGUAGUCCUCGGUCUUCUCAUCUCCAUUUCAACUUCCUUGAAAGAUCUGAGGCAAUCAUUUGACGAACAUUCAAACAUCCCCAACAAUAAUCUUGAUCUCAUCAACAUCCAGUGUCUAAUUGUACCCUUGACUUCUUGUAUUAUAACAUUUUCACACCUUGAGCAUCUCAUCGACAUUAUCCGAGCGGAUCCGAAAUGUCCAGCUCGCCUGUGUGCCAGGUUGGAAGGCAUCAGUUCCUUGGACUAUGUGAACUCUACCUUGUCGGACGAAGAUGUGAUCAGGAUAGCAGAGACGUCGGAAACUCGUACCGAGUCUCGUAGGUUUGGGCAUGGAGUGGAGAAAGAAGUCGUUGGUCUGGCUGUCUUGGACGAUGGACUGAGCUGGAUGAUUCUUGCAGAUUAUGAUGAGAGAGCAAUGGCUGACAGUGGUAAUGAUGAGAAGCUACCACUGUUCAGGAAGCAAAAGUGGAAUGAAAAUCACCUUGAGGAUAUGCUUAAGAUUCUACGAAACUGCCAAGAAAUGUUGGGUUUAUUGACAAGCUUGUUUCGUGGGUAUGUUUUGUAUUCACAGAUGUCAAACCGCAUCACUGAUGACUGCAGAAGUAUCGAGCAGUUGGAUAUUUCAAUCCAAAGAUUAUCAGAACUCGCCUCGCAAAUUCUGGAAGACAAACCCUUUCCAAACGCGCACGACGUAGAAAAGUUCGCAACCCACAACACUUCCUCGAAUAGCAAAGAUUCUUUGCGGGCCAAUUCUACCUCGGAACAUCUGGCCAAGCAAAGGUUUCAGCUAGCAUUUCAGCUCUACCUACACGGAGAAAUCUCUACGCUGUCAUCGCCCAACUCACCAUCUCCAAUCCCCACCACACUUGACAGCAUCGCCAAUCAACCCCUCCCACUCCUCCCAUCAGCCAUCACAAACACAGCCUGGUACCGCUUCCCACUUCCCCUUCCUCCUGUAGACCCUGAUUCCGAGCAAUUCACCAUCACAGUCAAAACAUUAGCCGGCAAGCUCGUCUUGUUCAACAUCUCAACCACGACGACAUGUCGAGAGCUGAAGCAGCUGAUCGAGAGGACGGAAGGUCCUCGUUUGGAUCAGCAGUAUCUUGUCUGCGAACCAGAUCAUAGAUGGUUACCUGAGGAUAUGGUUUUGUCUGAGAGUGGUAUUGGAGAGGGAUCGAAGAUUCAUUUUUUGUUGCCGUUUUGGGGACGAGGGAGGAUGUAGGAAGUUGGCACUGGCAUGUGCUGAGGGAGGGCAUGAUGAAGGUUCACAACACCGCAGCUUUCUAUGCUUAGAGGAGGGGCAAUUACCUUGAGCUAGAUGCAUUGAAGCAUCAUAUAUACUCGUAAGACCGCGAUCGAGUUUGGAUUACUGUUAUAUAUUUCCCCGCCACAUUUGCAAGGCGUAGCGAUGACUCUUGUAAACCCAGCUCACAUGGGAAGUACGAAUCGUAGAUACAGAAGGAUUAUCUACCUAGAAAUUGCAACGUUUUUCCGCAACGUUUUUCCUGCUAAGUUUUGUGAUUUGUUUAUGGACCAUUGAACCUUCGGUCAAGCUUACAAGGAG